GGCCGCGAGAGGCAGCAUCGUUUAUUCUUUAUCGAACGUCCUAGAACCCGGCCCCGCCCCCUCAAUAAUGGCAGUCCUGACUUCUAGCACACGUCCACCGUCGAGUCGCUCGAAUUCAAAUCGGGGUGCGCCUCGUCGUUGGUAGUAGGCGUAUAUAACGAGAAGCCGCAGCUUUUCUAUCUAAUCCAACGAAUACUCAUUCACUCUUUCUUCCUCCUUCGACAUAAGGCCCCGUGAUUUCCUUACCACAUUCUAGCGACCAUUUUGAACUCUAAUUUAGUGCCUCCUCAUCAGCAGUGCUUUUCGGCAGUUACUGAUCGUCGCAGAGAGAUUUUCCAGCAAAAGUUCUUUGCUUCAUUUCCAGCAAUACUGCUUCCUCCACUUUGAAGAGAUCCCCAUGGCUCCUACCAACACCUGCGCGUGCGGCAGCGCCUGCGCGUGCUCCCCCACUAACAGCGCCUGCGGCUGCAAGACGACAACCGUCGCCGCCACCUGCGCCUGCAGCAACGGCGCGGCGUGCAGGUGCGGCCCGGGCUGCGCGUGCGACUCGUGCACGUGCUCCGUGAGCAGCGGCGGGGGGUGCGGGGGAGGCUGCGUGGGGGGAUCAUGCGCCGGGAAGAAGGCUAGCGCCGCUGGCGCUUGCGCCUCUGGGGCGCGCUGCUGCUGCGGAGAAGGUUGCUCCGGCGUUGGGUGCGCUUGCGGCGUGGAGACUAGGGGCAAGUGCGCGUCUGGCGUCAAGUGCGGGGUGCGGGGAGAGCUGCUCCGGCGCGGGGGUGCGCUUGCGGACUGGCUAGGGGCGGCGGAUGCGCGUCUGGCGCUAGCUACGACUGCGGGGAGAGCUGCGCUGGCGGAGGGUGCGCUUGCGGACAGGCUGGGGGGAGCAAGUGCGCGUCUGGGACGAACUGCAGCUGCGGGGACGGCUGCUCAGGCGCCGGAUGCUCCUGCAAGAUAUAGCGAGUUUCUGAGUCCAUAUCGAACUUGAUUAUAUUGGUGAAGAUUUCAUGGGAUGUAGCUGUUUGAAAAUCGUUGUCUGUCUAGGCUGAUUUUGUUUCCUGUACUGUUCACAGUGGGUAAUGGAUUUUUUCAGCAAUUAGUGGUUUUUGUGUCGCUUCCCAACCAAACUUGACUCCCUUCCCCAUACUCUC